AUGGGCGCAAUUCACCUCUACCUCGUCCGUCACGGCGAGUCCGUCGACAACGUCGCGAAUCUCUAUGCUGGGUCUCGCGACGCUUCUCUGACCUCCCAUGGCGUUCUGCAAGCCAGACGUCUGGGCACCCACCUCUCCUCGCGGACCGCGUCUGCGCCCGUCUCACACAUCUUCGCCUCGAAUCUGCAACGUGCAUUCCGCACCGCUGAGGCCAUUCGCGAUGCCCUCUCUACAUCGUCCGAGGCCGAAGUGUCGACGCGGAGUCAUGUCGUGGAGGUUGUCCAGCUGCCCGAGCUUCGCGAGAAGCACUUCGGCUCUGGCGAGGGUCAAAAGGUCGGCGCCAGAAGUGUUGGUGAAAGACACGUUGGCGCCGAGACUCACGAGGCGAUGUUUGCAAGGGCGAAACGGUUCGUGAGCGACUACCUCGCGCCCAUCUUCGCAUGCGUUGAUGCGGUUGAGGCAGAGUCAGAGAGUGUGGUCGUCGUCGCGCAUGGGAUCAUUCUCGGCGUGUUGGCGCGGGUUCUUCGUUCUACGUCCUAUUUCGGGACUGUGGUUUCGACACCAGAAGACCAGAUGCCUUUGGCUUGGAGCAAUACCGGCUACGUUGAGGUUCAUAUCACGGCGUCGGCGACAAGCAAGACAACCGAGUCUAAGCAAUCUGAUUCAACUCCCACCUGGCCCGACCUGUCUUUCAAGACAAUCACGGUCAAUUGCACCGAUCACCUGCAGGGUUUGAAGAAAACCCGCGGUGGCAUCGGUAGCGCAAAACACGACGAGAAGCAGAAGACGCUUAACGCAUUCUUCACGCCGACCGCCAAAAAGCGCAAACACGACGACGAAACUUGA